AUAAUCGGUUUUAACCUUACCGGUAUUUCGUUACACAACGGGCGAAUUGCACACGUAAAUAUUUACAUCGACACCGUUAAUGUGACCUAUGUCCGAAAAAAAUCUGGAUACAUUUAAAAACCGAAGAGAUUUGUGAAACUGGCUUGACUUUUUGAGAUGAAGGUGUAGGGGAUCAUCCAUCAAGAGAAGAAUUUCAAGAAAAGGACAAUGAAGUUUGCAGAACAUCUAGGGGCCCAUAUUACCCCAGAGUGGAGAAAACAGUACAUUCAGUAUGAGGCGAUCAAGGACAUGAUAUAUCAAGCCAAGGAGCAGGCUCCCUCAGAGGAAGUUACUGAUGAGAGUAUCAUUCAACGCUACUUUGCCAGGUUUGACGAGAACUUCUUCCAAUACUGUGACAAGGAACUGGCGAAAAUCAACACCUUCUUUUACGAAAAGAUAUCGGAGGCGACGCGGAAGUUUGCGAGUUUGAAAGCGGACCUUCAACAGUACACUGACCAUGAAAAGAAGCCAGAAACCUUGACCCUGCGACGACGUAGAGCCAGUGUUGUGUUCUUUAAAGAGAAGGAAAACAAGGAGUUGAGCAGAACCCGCAAGCUACCCGAUCUAAAGCUGGCGUUCAGUGAGUUCUACCUUAGUCUGAUCCUUCUUCAGAACUACCAGACCCUCAAUUUUACCGGUUUCAGAAAGAUCCUGAAAAAACAUGACAAGCUGAUGAAGACUACUAGAGGGAUGGCUUGGCGCCAGGCACAUGUAGACACGGCCACAUUCUACACCAACAAGGAGGUGGACCAUCUUAUAUCUGAAGUCGAGAAUAAUGUGACAUCCAAUCUUGAGGGAGGCAAUCGUCAGAAAGCCAUGAAACGCCUAAGGGUUCCACCCUUAGGGGAUAAGGAAAAUCCCAUGACAACAUUCCGAGUUGGAAUGUUCUCCGGAGUGUUUGCGGUACUGAUUCUAGUCAUCAUAGUCACAGCCUCAUUUACCAAGAAGUCAGACUCCUGGGAGCCGGCCCUGCGGAUGUACAGGGGCAUGUUCAUCGUGAUCCUGGACAUCUUCCUGCUGGGCAUCAACACUUACGGGUGGAGGUCCUCGGGGGUGAACCACGUCCUCAUCUUCGAGAUCGACCCAAGACAUCAUCUUACACAUCAGCAGCUCAUGGAGCUUUCCACAGGCCUAGCUGUCAUGUGGUGUAUCAGUGCGCUGGGCUACCUGUUUAGCGGUUUCUUCGGUGUCUCAGGCUACAUCUUCCCGCUGGCCAUGGCAGGAUUCAUGCUGCUCUUCCUCAUCAAUCCAAUCAAGAUAUUCCAUCACAGCUCACGGAUGUGGCUGCUGAGAAUUCUAUUCCGCAUUUUUACAGCCCCAUUCCACCAUGUGGGGUUUGCAGAUUUCUGGCUGGCCGACCAGCUGAACAGCCUUGUCACGGUGCUGCUGGACUUUGAGUUCAUGGCCUGCUUCUACGCCUUCGAGGUCGACUGGAUCGGACCAGACCGACCAAGCGUGUGUACAAGCUACGCCUACGGUAUCCGGACGGUGAUCAGCAUUCUUCCGGCAUGGUUUCGGUUCGCUCAGUGUCUGCGGCGUUAUCGGGACACGAAGCUGGUUUUUCCACACGUGAUAAAUGCUGGGAAAUACUCCACAACGUUCCUGACGGCCAUAUUUCAAACGCUCUAUAGAUUACAGAUUGAGCGUGAGGGUGAAGAGCAUCGUCAGUCUCACGUUUUCUUCUACUUGUGGAUCGUCGCUGCGGUGUUCAGCUCUUGUUACACCCUCACCUGGGACCUUAAGAUGGACUGGGGGCUCUUUGACGCCAACGCAGGCGAGAAUAAACUGCUACGAGAGGAGAUUGUGUACGCAUACAAGUUCUACUACUACUUUGCCAUAGUAGAAGACUUCAUAUUGAGGUUCACGUGGUCGUUGACAGUGUCAGUGGGUGAAGGAUUGUUCAUGCCUGGAGAAAUACUGACAACACUUCUGGCAUCCCUUGAAAUAUUCAGGCGAUUUGUCUGGAACUUUUUCCGCCUGGAGAACGAGCAUUUGAACAACUGCGGUCAGUUCCGAGCAGUCCGGGACAUUUCCAUUGCCCCGAUUGACUCGAGCGACCUCUCCCAGCUCAUAGAAAUGAUGGAUAAGGAGGAUGGAGCCCUUACACAUCGAUUGGAGAAGCGUAGGCUCAUCGGAAAGGGUAAAAAGGACAGACAUCCCGAAGAUAUCCUGAUAUCUGAUGUGAAUAUACCUUGGAAGUUUAAGGGUGUAUAGUUGAACCAUCCCUGUGAAAGAGAAGACCAAAUAUCACAUGAAAACACAACCCGGAGAUUUCACUAGAAAGGAGUGUGUUGUGAAGUGAAAAGGAGCACAAGAUUUCAUGUUAAAGGGUACUUACGGUAUUAUGCAAAAAGGAACAUUUAAUUUAGCACAUAAUACAAAAAGGAACAUAUGGUUUCAUAUGAAAAGGUACUUACGGUAUUUAAUGCCAAAGGAAACAUUUAAUUUAAUAUAUAAUAUGAAAAGGAUCAUGUGAUUUCAUAUGAAAAUAACAUAUGAUUUUGUUAAUAUGCCAAAAGGAACAUUCAAUACCACAAGUUCAUGUGAAAAGGAACAUGCAAUGGUAUGUCUUAAGGAACAUUAUUAUGAUCAGAGGUUUAAAUGAAUUCACAUCUCAUGGUUCCAUGCGUAUGUAAGACCUGAUGCUGUAUGUAUAAACCUCAAGUUAAAAAUACUGCAAGUCAAAUAUAGAUCUCUUUAAGUCAGAUAGUUUGCCACAUGCAUGUGUAUAUUUAAUUUGAGUGGAUCCAAAAAUAAAUGUUUGUCUUUGCAUUAUGUAUUUUGGUUUUAAUUUAUCUUAGAUUGAUGUGAAUUGUAUUGCCUUAAAAUUUCAAUUUUUAAACGUAUAGUUAGAUUUCUUCUCAGUGCAAUCAGAAUUUGUUAAGCAUAAUGUCAUUUUAUGUGCGUGUUUGCAUAAGAUGAAUGAUUAUUAUUGAUUUGUUGUAUAAUUAUUGUUAAAUUGUUGUCGCGAUUGUCCUGUGUUGGUUUAAUGAUGUUCAUAAAAUGUAAAUAUAUAUUUAUUUUGUAAA